AUGUGCUUAGGCUAUGGAAUAUUCGAAGUUCGAUUUCGAUUUGUUGUAAUGAAAAUGCCAAUUUUCCUUUCAGACACAGGAAUGACAAAGGAGUGGAAUGUCAUUGCUGUCAUCUUUUGUUUACUUCAUACAUUGACAGCUCUUUGCUUAGAUGGUAUUAAUAAUGUCUUCACAGUUGACUCCUACGGUAGCGAACAAUUUCCUGUACGAGUAAGGAACGUCACUAUUCUUGUAUACGAUAUUCACAAUAGACCAUCAUGCCAUCAUGGGAAGGUGAAUGUAGUGAUGCCAGGGUACUUUCACAUCAUAUCAGGAGAAGUCGUUACUCCGAAGGAUUUUGAUUUGUUCUCGUCGAAUCUCGUCCGCGCCACGGUUCGAUAUGGCAACAUGAAAAUUUGUGACAACGGCGAAAGUCACAUGAUAAUCGUGCCAACUAGACUAUGGCGGCUUAGUCAUAUUUUCGUUAGAUGUUUUGGUCUUUUGCACUUCUUCCAUAAGAUUUUUUCAGAACUUCAGAAAAAAGUCAACUUUAACCCAAAAUUAGAACUGCCGCCAUCGCCUUCGUUUCUUGGUGUAACGUUGCUGGAUAUUCUUAAGGGUGAUUACUACAUAAAGAUUGCUGUGGAUUCCAAUCACGAAAGGAUUGUCCAAUUUGCGAUUCCAUCCGGAUUUAGCGCGUUGAUGAUGGGACUAACGCCCGACUAA